ACUGCUACAAGCUUUUUAUCUUUUUUGCUCAUCUAUAUUUUGCCUUUUUUAGUUUCUACUCUUCUAUUGCUGUUUUUUCGUAUCAUCUCAUUCGAUCUCUGUCUCUAUUUGCUUAUACUUUUAUGUGCAUAACCUGAUGCAGUUGCAGUUUUGGGGGUUUUGAGAUGGAGUCAAGUCAUCAUGGACCUCAACCUUUCAGACACACAAGCCAGGCAAUGCCAUUCUUAGGUUGGUCGAAAUGGGCCCAAGCAAAAGGUGAAUCAGCACAAGGAUGUGUGGCACCUACAGGUGCAAUGUUACUGCGGGAGUUCCUUUGGCAGCUGGAGCAAAGAACACUUCAGUUUCAAGAGGCGGAGUUCCAAUACUGCCUCUCCCGUGGCUUUCUGGGAUACCAUCACCCCCAAACACACCCCAACCUGCUAGCCCUCAUACCCGCUUCUGAGCACCGUCAGCUAGAGCAUCUCUGUGGACGCAUCCCCCCCUCACACGCUGCUGUCGUACUAUCCAGGCUCCAUGAUCUUCUGGCUCACAAUGACAUUCCUCCCUGGGAGCUGGUCAGCAUCUUCAAGCAAGUUCUUAGGGACUUUCUGAGGAGACAGGAAGAUGGCAUGCAGAGACGUCCACUGCCUUCAGCUUCAGCUGCAAUUAUUCCUACUCCAUUUCCACCGACAGAGAGUAAUGACAGAAAUCAUAUGACAGAAAAUGCACUGCACAAGUCUUUAACAGAGGAGUCAGGAAGGCAAAGAGAGGAGAUUCCAACUAUAUCUAGUUAUGUGGAUAAACACUUGUAUGCCACCUGUCCCUACUCUAUACACAGAGAUUGGAGCCUUCCAUUUUGCCAUCCCAUUAGUUAUGAGGCCUACAGCACUACAUUGUAAGCCUCGCCUAUAGUAAUUGGAAGGAAAAAUCACGUGGCCCCGUUCUAUCUCCCUCGUCACUAUUCUAAACUAUUCAUAUAUUGUCGUUUAUAUUGACAUUUUAGAAACAUAAAAGUUUCUCUAUAAUGAAAUACCAUAGCUUGCUUGUCUUUUACACCUCUUGACACCUUUAGGGGUCAAACAAAAAACAACAUUCAACGUAUAGCACUAUUGCAGAAAUCUACCUCUAUCUGUCUUCUUAUGUCAGCCUACUGUGUAGACAUACUGUAUAUUCUGCAACAACAACAUAUAGAUGAAUUACCUUUUUCAUACCUAAAUAAGACAUGUUAAUGUAAAAACAUUAUCAACAAAUGCAUAUGUGUAUUAUGCCCAUUUUUGAUAGCCGUAAUCUCUUCAAGCCACAAUUUCGGUUUCUACAAAACAUUUUAAAGGUUUCACUGAUGAAUUACAACAUUAGUUCUAGGAAAAUAUCAGAUACUCUACAUUAAUUUGUUUACAAAACAAAAUAAGAUUUUUGCAUUAUCUUUCAGUGGUAUACAGCUAAUAACUGAGCAAACUGGAAGCAUUGCACACAUGAUCACAUACACCCAGAUCAGUCAACCCAGUUAUCCAACCUAAUCCGUCUUUUUUCAUAGUUAUAUUUCUGGAUUACAGAGCAGAGAAUAGCCUAAGGGGGGAAGGUUGCACCACUUUGCCUUUGUGCAUCAGUGGGUCCUGCUCCCUGCAUUUACCCAUAAAAUACCUAGCAUGCAUUAUACCUACCAAAUGCUUUUUAGAACACAGGCAGUCUGUUGACCCAUGAAGUGAGGACUACCUUUCUUGCGUGGUGGCUGCGAUCAUCCAAAACAAUAGCAGCAAUACCAAAUUUUGUCUAUAAACCUGAUAGAUUUGUGUUAUUGUCUCUUGCAUAUCAAAUAAGGGUGUUUUGUGUAAUUGUCAUCAUUGUAUGCUAAAUUGCUUCUGUGAACCCUGCAAACUUUCUUUUUG